AAGUUCGAUUUGGACGAACCAAAUUGAAGCACUGGCGGUAAGCUAAGAGAAUCAAAAACAACUGUGGAGGAGAAAGAUGUCGUUUCAGAUAAUCUUGGGCUCGGCGUCAAUGGCACGCCGGCAAAUACUGGCGGAGAUGGGCUACGAGUUCAAAAUCAGGACUGCAGAUAUAGACGAGAAGAGUAUCAGGAUGGAUAAGCCAGAGGAGUUGGUGAUGGUUCUAGCUGAGGCAAAAGCAGAUGCUAUCAUUUCAAGGAUGCAAAGUAGUGAAUUGGAUGUUGGUGCUGACCAAACAACACUGUUGAUUACUGCAGAUACAGUGGUGGUGUAUGAAGGGAUAAUAAGGGAAAAACCGUCCAGCAAGGAAGAAGCAUGGGAUUUUAUCAAAGGCUAUUCUGGUGGUCAAGCAGGAGUUAUAGGAUCUGUACUUGUGACCAACCUUAAAACAGGAAAAAGAAAAGGGGGGUGGCGCAGCGCAGAGGUCUAUUUUCACGUCAUACCAGAGGAGAUUAUUGACAACCUGAUCGAGGAGGGAACUACACUCAACGUUGCUGGGGGUCUGAUCCUUGAACAUCCUAUGAUAUCACCCUUUGUAGAAGCAGUGAUAGGGACAAGUGACACGGUAAUGGGACUGCCUAAAGAACUCACAGAAAAGCUCAUCCAUGAAGCACUCUAACUACCCUGGUGCGGCUACCAGGUUCUUAAUCCUUGCUGCAGAUGAAUCUACAAUCUCCCUGAUAGUCUUCAACAGUCAUUUUCAGAAUUGUGGGAUCAAAUCCCAUCAUUUUUUAUUUCAACCAAGUUGUAUUCUUGUCCUUGAGUUGAAUAGGCAAUGACUAACGCGUCAAGCAUCUUGACAGUGAUUUAAUGGUAACAAACUGAUGAUUGCUA